AUGAAAAAUCUUUUGGAUUUCUUGGAUGAUGAAAACUCAAAAAUAGUAUUUAGAAACUGUAGAAGGGCUUUAGAGGCAGGCAAACAGCUCAAAAUAAUAGUUGAAAUUAUUAAUCGGUCAAGUGAGGACUAUAAUGUUGCCAAAUAAAUAUAAUCACAUUUUGCAGGAUCUUUGGCUCAAUUUGGCUGAUAUUAGAGUAUUAACUAUCAUAAAGCUAUUACAAUUAUUGCCUUUUAGUAUUUAUCUUUUCUCAAGAAUGACUGAUAUUCAUACGAUGGCCUUUUUAAAUGGAAGAUUAAGAAUGAAGGAACAAUUAGAAGCUUUACUAAAUGAAUUUGGCUUUAGACUUGAUAGUGUGGAUCAAAUUUCAUCACUUCAAGAUUCUGUUGUUGACGCAACAGCAAUUUAG